AUGACUAUCCGAGCAGCAAUCAUCGGGGCUGGUAUAUCUGGAUUGGUUUCGACCAAACAGUGCCUUGAAGAUAAUAUUGAACCAGUUUGCUUUGAGGCUCAGGGCCACAUAGGAGGCCAAUGGCGGUACACUGAGCCCGAUCCACAAACAGGCGAGGUUGUUUCAUCAAUCUAUCGCAGUAUUGUGAUCAACACGUCAACAAACGUCAUGAACAUGAGUGAUUUCCCCAUGGACCCAAAGAUAUACCCAACCUUCCCGCAUCAUCGACAUGUGCAGAAGUACUUCGAAGCUUAUGCGGAAUUUUUUGGCUUAUAUCCAUUUAUUCGUUUCCGCCACCGAGUCCUGUCUAUCACUCCAAUCCAUGACAAUAAAUGGCUUGUUCAGACAAGACAAGAUGACGGAAUUAUCACUGAAGAGGUCUUUGAUGCGGUAUUCGUUUGCACUGGCCAUCAUUCCACGCCGAAUAUUCCAGACUGGGAGGGCGUCGAAGAUUUCAAGAUGAACGGCGGUGAAUUGAUACACAGCCAUUCUUACAGAGAUCCAGCGCCAUAUAUUGGGGAAAAUGUGGCUGUUGUUGGAAUUGGAAACUCUGGUGUCGAUAUAAGCUCCGACCUCAGUACUAUUGCGAACGAUUUGCAUUUAAUAACACGCUCUGGCGCUUGGGUUUUCCCACGGCUGAUAUGUGGUCAAGCAUAUGAGACUCUAAUCCGUCGGGCUUUCAUGGCAAUACUUCCGAGAUUCUUUGCUGCACUAUUCUUGCAAUUUGUCUUUACUGUGACUUUAGGUUCUAUUCCACCUGCUCUCAAGCCUAAGCAUGACAUUCUACAGGCCCAUCCUACAAUUCGCUCUGACUUAUUCGAGCGGAUUAGGACGGGUACAAUCAAGCCCCACCGCGCAGAAAUCUCACGUUUCACUGAUAGAGGGAUUGAGCUUACCAAUGGGGAAAGAAUCGAGCCAUUAAGCAAAGUCGUUGCUUGCACUGGUUACAAGGUUACAUUUCCUUUCCUGGCCGAUGAAAUAUACAUGUCACAGAAUGAUACUACAAAUUGGGUCAACCUACAUCGUAUGGUUACACCACCUAAAUACCCGACCUUGUUUUUUAUUGGGCUAGUUCAGCCACUUGGUGCCAUAAUGCCCACCAGUGAGCUACAAUCCCGCUGGGCAACUUCUGUCAUUCAUGGAGAAAUUUCCUUGCCUCCAGCGGAGGAAAUGCAAAAGCUUGCCGACCAAUAUAAAGAUAAUCUCAAAAAAAGAUACGUUGCGAGUGCACGACACACAAUACAAGUUGACUACCUCCCUUACAUGGAUAGUCUCUCUAACGACCUUGGUACCGGGAUUACACCAUGGAGAUUCAUCAAGACAUUUGGACUUAUUAAAGGUUUUAAUGUUAUGAAAGCUGUUUAUCUUGGGAUGCCGGGCUCGGCGCAGUUUAGGUUGUUUGGGAAAGGGGCGAAGCCGGAACUUGCGAGACUGGGUUCAGAGAGAAUAUAUAUGGGACAGGACGUAGUUAUGAGUGAGCAGGAGAAGGAGGAGUUAGAGAAGUUCAGGAAGGUAAAGGCAAAGUGUGAUGUUUUCCAGGAUAAAACGAAUUAA